AUGGCGUCGCCGCUGCGUAACGGGGCUCAGGCGGGGGGUCGGAGGAAGGAGUCGAGGCGGCUGGGGGCGCUCCUGCUGGUGCUGCGUGUGGCGGCGCUGUGCUUUAGCCUCGCGGCGGCGGUGCUCGCGGCGACGGACGGCGCCGUGCUGCGGCUGGCGCCGUUCAGGUUCCUGCUGGCGGCGAACGCGAUCGUGGCGGUAUACUCGGUGUUCGAGGUCGCCGCGGCGGCGUGGGAGGUGGCCAAGGGCGCCACGCUGCUCCCGGAGGCCUUGCAGCUCUGGUUCGACUUCGGCCACGACCAGGGUUUCGGGUACAUGGCGCUGGCCGCGGCGGCGGCGGCGGCGCGGGAAGCGGCGUUGUGCGGCGGAGGCCAGGAGCGGAAUAUCAGCAGCACGGCGUGCCUGCAGGGCGACAUCGCCGUGGGGCUCGGGUUCGCGGCGUUCGCGUUCCUGGCGCUGGCGGCGCUCGCGACGGGGUUCCGGCUCGUCCGCUUCCUCGCCACCGGUUCCCGGCUCCCGGCGGGGACCUCCUCCUCCUCCCCGUAUUGA